AGAAAAUACAUUCUAACUAAAGCAGAAUGAAGCUUAUUAGUAUUUUUGUGUGCAUCAAUUUUUAUUUUAGUUUCACAAUUUCUACUUCAUUUGCUCAAGAAACUCCACCUCCCUGUCAUCCAAUAGAACCUCAUUGUCCAAAAAUCCAAUGUCUCAGAUGCCCCACAUGUGCCUGUGAUGAAAUUUUAAUCAAAAACACCACCUGUAAUAAUUGUUGUUUGGAUUAUUGUGUGCCAAAACCUGAAUGUCCUAAAAUUGAGUGUUUACUAUGUCCAAUAUGUGCUGAAAAUGAAACUUUGGUUGAAAGUCCUUGUGGAAAUUGCUGUUUAAAUACGUGCGAGCCAAAACCGAUAGAUUGUCCUAAAAUUGCUUGUAAAAAAUGUCCAACUUGUGCCGAAAAUGAAACGCUUAUCAAAAGCCUGUGUGAUAAUUGUUGCUUGGAUCGUUGUAUUCCAACUCCUCCAAGAUGUCCAAAAAUAGGUUGCGAAAAGUGCGUUAAAUGUUCCAAAAAUGAAACUUUAGUAAAAAGUCCUUGUAAUAAUUGUUGCUUGGAUAGAUGCAUCCCAAAAAAUUGCCCAAACCCACCCAUAAAUUGUCUUUGGUGUCCUACAACGUGUCCUAAGGGAGAAGUUAUGGUUAAGAGCCCUUGCGGAUGUUGCCAUGAUAAAUGUGUCCCAAUAUAUCCAGAGAAAUGUCCUGAUCCGCCAAUUGAAUGUCUUUGGUGUCCAGAAUGUACGGAAGGUUAUACAUUGGUUAAAAGUCCAUGUGGAUGUUGUCAUGAUCAAUGUGUGAAGAACGAGAUUUGCAGUUGUCCAUCAAUACGCUGUACCCCUGAUGGCAUUACCGUACCAGGACCGGAACCCUGUAGAUGUCCAACAUGUGUUAUACCAGAACCUGGGCAUGAAUGCUAUGGAACAUUUGAAGGUACCCUAACCUGUGGAAACCUUACUUGCUGCAAUGGAAUUUGUCAAAGAGAACUUGGCUGUGAUGAAUGCCAUGACCCCUGUCCAAGACCAUAUUGCACACCUAAAAGCAUUUUUGUAUAUGGUCCAAAACCAUGUAGAUGUCCAUAUUGCGUUGAGCCAAAACCUGGAGAUAAAUGCUACGAGUCACUUGAAGGAACUUCUACUUGUGGAGAAGAGGUUACUAAUCUCACCUGCUGCAAUGGAGUUUGCCAAGAUAUUGCUAAACCUUGUGAGGAUUGCAAUUGUCCUUUAAUGAAAUGUUCUGCGUCAGCUGUGAUAGUAUCAGGACCAAAACCCUGUCGAUGUCCGCAUUGCGUUGUGCCCAAACCUGGAGACAAAUGUCUGGAAACUUUCGAAGGGUACCUUACUUGUGGCGCGGAUUUAAUUUGUUGCGAUGGAGUCUGUCGAAAAAGUGACGCUUCUUGCGAUGUAAUCUGUAAUUGUCCAUUGGUACUCUGUAUUACUGGUUCCGUCCAGGUUCCUGGCAAAGAGCCUUGUAGAUGUCCAACGUGCAUUUUACCAGAACCUGGAGACAAAUGUUUGGUGACAGCAGAUGGUUCACUGAGUUGCGGAGAAAAUCUUGUUUGUUCUAAUGGAAUUUGCGAAAAAAAGUGUAAUUAAUUAUGUUUUUGAUUAAUUUUUUUGCUCAUCAUAUCAAUAUAUUAGGGGUAGGAGUAGUAAAAGAUUGAAAAUUAUAUGUUUCAUAAAAGGUAAUCCUAGGAUUUGCCCCUCUGCGUUAGUAAAAUUUAUAAAUGAUUUGAUUCUGUUACGGUCAUACGCGGAAGUAUGUUAAAUCGAUAUGUGGUGACCGAUAGACAGGGCAGAUCCUAGUGUUUAACCGAUCACGAAAUUUGUCUGAACAUUUCACGAUAAUUAUGACUGGUUUUGGAGGAUGUACGAAAUUAUAUCUAUUGAAUUAUGUGUAGAGUUCAACCCCAAACCAAUCCAUUCUAACCCAAUACGAGCUUAUCUUCAUGCGAAGAUUGGCUCGUACUCUGGGAUACUUUGCAAUUAUUUGACAUUUUGUAAGGCAUUGAUAAUUCAGUUUCACCAGACAAUUACUUUCUACUAGUAUAAGCCAUUCAACACUAGUUUACUCGUUUUGGAUUUAGCUCGACAAUCUGAGGUUUUGCCAGUCUUUAUGCUUUUACGGUAAUAUUAAUAAUUCUAGAGUGUAAAUAAUUAUAUUCAAUAAAAUAUUUUAAAAGUA